AUGACUGAUAGAGGCCUGUUUUUUGCUUCUCGUGGCUCAAAGGGCCUCCAUUUUCACGGUGCCCCUGCAUAUGAUGAACAAGCUCUCUUGAAUGAGGAAGCUCGUAUCAUACAUUUCAGUCACGAUGGAAAACACCUUGCUUAUGCCACAAAUGAUAAGCUAAAAGUCAUUGAGACUCAGCAGCUGAAACAAGUAUUUGAAGCAGAUUGCAUUCGUAUUAUUGGCUUGGCUUUUUCUCCAAAUGGGACUUAUUUGUCUUGUUUGGAGCAAUACUUCUCCCCUAAAGAUGGAGGUCAACCCAAGAAAAAUCUAUCUCUGUGGAAUAUAUCAAAACAUGGUGAAAGGAUGACUGACUUUGUCCAGAAGAAGCAGACCAAUUGGCAGCUGCAGUGGGCCAAGGAUGAGUCAACCUAUAGCAGGAUUGUAACAAAUGAAGUCCAUUUCUACAGCAGUUCUGAUUUCAAACUUAUAAGUGCCAAAAUUCGCCUGGAGAAAGUUGAAACCUUUGCAUUAUCUCCUGGUCCAUCUCCAUUUCAUGUGGCUUGCUAUGUUCCCGGAUCACGUGGUCAGCCUUCUUUGGUUAGACUCUUUCGCAGCCCUGUCUCAGAACCUGAUGCUCCGCCUGUUGCCAGCAAAAGCUUCUUCAAGGCUGAUAGGGUUGAAAUGAAGUGGAGCCAAACAGGCACAGGGCUUCUGGUCCUCACAAUCACAGAUGUAGACAAGACAGGAUCAUCAUAUUAUGGGGAACAGGGACUCCACUAUGUCGAUAUUAAAGGGCAUUCGGCUGUUGUUCAGACAAGUAAGAAAGGUCCCAUCCAUGCAGCAGAAUGGAGUCCCAACAGCAGAGAAUUCUGUGCUGUAUAUGGAACAAUGCCAGCUAAGGCUACAUUAUUCAACAGCAAAUGUGAAUCUGUCCUUGAGUUUGGUACAGGCUCAUGGAAUCAAUGUUACUUCAAUUCCUUUGGGAAUAUAUUACUCCUAGCUGGUUUUGGAAAUCUGAGGGGCACAGUUGACGUCUGGGGGUUGGAUGGAACGAAGUUCAAACAAGCUGGGCGACUUCAGGCUCCGGACAGCACCCUUCUUCAUUGGGCUCCAGAUGGUGAACACUUCCUCACUGCCACAACUGCCCCACGACUGAGAACGGCAAAUGGCUUCAAAGUUUGGCAUUAUUCAGGAACCCUGAAGAAAGACUGCCUGUACCCAGAAGGACAAGAGCUCUGGGAUGUGGCUUGGAAACCCUGGCCGCCUGGUCAUGAAGGCCCCAAGAAUAUAUCCUUCCAAAAUGCAUCAGCUGCCAACGCUGCUUCUAUGGCUCCUCAGCCGUACAGGCCGCCUGGAGCCAGGAAUCGGCCUCUGCAGCCCUUCAGUCUUCAUGACGAUGAGGACGAUGUGAAGAAGCCAUCAACUACGUCUUCCAUCCCGGGAGCACCGGUGGGGCUCUCUGAGGUCUCCAAAAGUGCUCUCAAGAAUAAAAAGAAGAAAGAGGCAAAGAAAGCCAAGAAAGCUGUCGAGGGACAGUUGGCCACAGAUGAAACAAGCAGUCCAGCCGAUGAGAAGGCUUCCAAUACCCUCCCACCUGAGCAAGAGAAAAAAGUAAAAAAUUUGAAGAAGAAGCUUGAAGACAUCCGGAAGCUGAAAGCCGAUCAGGCGGAAGGAAAGGUCUUGGAAAAGAAUCAGCUGGACAAGAUUGCUAGAGAAGCAGAAUUGCUCAGUGAAUUGAAAAGCCUCUCAAUGUGA